GGUGAGCUGGUUUCCGGUUGGGUCUGUCGGCCUAGCGCUGGGCUGGGGGUGCGUCUUUGGCGGUGCGUGGGUGCGCUCGUCCUCUGAGGACUGGAGUGGAAGUUUUCCUCAGAUUCUUGUCUUUCUGAUACUAAAAUUAUCCCUCACUAAAGAUGCAUCCAGACCUGUCUCCUCAUCUGCACACUGAGGAAUGUAACCUAGUUAUCAGUCUGCUCAAGAAGUGUCAUAAGGAGCACAACAUUUUGAAGUUUUUUGGCCACUGCAAUGAUAUUGACCGUGAGAUGCGAAAGUGCUUAAAGAAAGAGUAUGAAGAGAACAGGGCCAGGAACCAGGCGAAGCGACGGAGUAUAAUUAAUGCUCGGAAAAACUUGGAGAAGUGAGUGGGUCUGUAGCUGGACAGCUGCACCUCAACGGGGAUGCUCAGUUGGAAGUUGACAGAAUACUUCCUUCCCAUCACCAAUGCUCAGCCUGCAGUUUGUGAAAAAAUAAGCACACCUGAUACGUAGUCAUUCCCAGCAAGGCAAACAAUGUGGGAAAAAAUAAAUAUAGUAAAAGAUCUCUUGCAGCUUAAUUUUUGAUCUCUAGAGGAAAAUGUUGUGGCAAGUCUUUGUUCUGGCAUAGUUUUGUUACAGUCGUUAAGUAAGGAGGAAUCAGUGUGUGUGGAGUAUUUAUGUAUUAUUCAGUGCUGCUAUAUUCCCUACGUUGUGCUGAGUUGCAUUUAUUUCUUUGUGUUUAGCAGUUUCUUUUCCAUAUCUUGUUUUUGGUUUGGUUUUUUUUUUCCCUUGCAAAACACUGAAUUACUUUUUUCAUCAUUCUUUUUGGUGUUGUGAUAACACUUCUUAAAUGAAUUAGUAAAAUGACAUUUUAAACAGAUGUGGCUUGAAAUUGCAAAUUACCUAUCAAGUAAUAAUUGGAGUUUUAGUAUUUUUAUUUGAGUUCAAAUGAUGAAACUACUGUCUUCCACUGAGAAGAUUAAAAAUCCUUCCUGCCAACCAUAUGUACAUUGUACGCUGUUGUAAGACAAUUUGUUCAUCAUACCCAAAGCAAGCAGCUUUAGAAAUUCAGAAUGGAACAUUUCCAGGGAUUUACAAAGCUGUGCCUUGAUUUUUUGUUAAGUACAAUCAAUGCGUGCUGAGUGAUUUUUGAAGAGGAUUGCUGCCAAAAAUAUAAGCUGAAUAGUUCUUCCACAUACUCUGGUACAAAGGUGAAUUCCUUUGCCAUUGCAGGAAAACUCACACUGAAGUAAAGGGAAGUGUAUCUUGCCUUUUAGCUGGGCAAGUCAACAAGAAUUGUGUUAACCAAGGUACCUCAUUAGCUUACAAGAGCUGUUUAUUUCCCAUCAAACUACAGAAAGUCCUCAACAAGUCUCUGAAUUCUGAAGAUUUGGUAUUAAAACAUACACUGGGUUGUGCAGCAAUGGAGCUGCUAAUCUAGGUGUCUGCUAGUUUCACCUUAUUUUUAAAUUACUUUUCUGUUCCACCUAGCAGCAAAAGAAUUUUUUUAAAAAACAAACCAAACCCAACAAAUUUUAUAGAGCCAAAUAUACCAAGUGUCUUGAAGCCUCUUGGAAAAAAAGGUGCCUAUUCUACAAUGAAUUCUAUGGUUUGUUGCAAGAACCAUUGUUGACACUGUCUUGAAAUUAGUACAUGCACCUCUUUUUGGAAGAAAGCUGUAUUUUGUGACCUAUUUUGAGAGAUUAAUUAGAAUAAUUUUACUUAUUUUUUCAAUACCCAGCUGAAACCAGUUAAAUUGGUAAAAUUUAACCACAAAUAUCAGUGAAAGCUCUUUAAGAAAAACUGAAGCAGUUUUUUCUGUGUCUUUUCAUGUGCUGCUUUCUUAGAACAAGUAAAUAAUGCAUUAUUUGAAUUAAAUACUUUAGUGGCUGGAAGUGGAGCAGUCUUUGUAUUGGUAGUAAUCAAAAUACUUCUGAAGUGUAUUUUAUAGUAAAGUUCCCUAGCUGGGAACUCUGCAUCCUCGAUCUUUCUUCCAUUUGGAUGACAAAAUCUAUUUCAGGCAGGCUCUUAAAUACAAUUUGGUUGUGCUUGUAAUCUUUAAGUAAAUAAAUAAAUGGAGAAUUGUCCUAGAGGUUGGGUUGAAAAGCUGGUAUCUGAGUGCAGAAGCACUGAAGAUUUUCUUUCUUUCAUCAGCUUCUGUGAGUCCAGGUCUUUCACUCGAAUAGCAACAAAAUAAGUAUUCAAGAGCCACUUAACACAGCUCAUUAGUCAGAGUCAUGUUUUCAGAGAUCAAUGCACUUAAUGAAUGAAAGCCCAAAUGGCAUGCACAGUUUCUAUUGCUACUUUAAACUAUGUUUAGCAAUAAACCUAUUUUACAGAUGAACCCUGUUUACCUAGUGAAAGUAUUACCAUGUUCAUCCUCCUGCUUCUUUGCUAAUUGCCUACUAGUAGUGUAGUAUGAGGUUGCUCAUUGAUUCCUGGGCUUUUGUUCCUUUUCUUUUUGAGAGGGGGAGUUAUGUUGCUAAUUUGAUCUUGAAGCUGAGACACAGUAGUGUAAUAAUACUUACAAUUUACUUGACAGAGAACGAAGAUAAGGGUGAAAUGCUAAAUGCAGUUUAUGUUGUCCUAAAGUAAGCUGAGUGUCGAGUAGGGGAUAUGUUGGAUGAAGUAAACCUUAUCUGUAAUUACUUCAAAACCACUUUAUUGUAAUGUCAUUUGAGUAUAGAACCAUUUUACCCAUUGUGCCUUCUGAAAGAGCAAGUUUGAGAGAGAAGAAAAAAAAAUUCAAUGGCAUUUUGUGUUGUGUCAUGUAUGAGGAGCUCCUGGGCACUUCACAUGGGAAAGUGGACAUGGGGGAGAUACAAAGAGAGUGGGCAAAUGGCAGCUGUAAAACAGACAUGGCCACAGCAGUGAGGUUUUUCCAUGUUCAAAUGCUGCAAAAGCAUAGAAUAAUACAUGGACAAGAGAAAUACAGAGCAAGGGAGUGAUAACUACCCAGCAAAAUCUCUUCAGCUCUACCAGAAACACUUGGUAACACUACUGAUGUAUAUUUUCUCUUGCUAGAAAAUGAAAUGCUGGUAUCUUGUUUUCCUUUUUUUUAGAAGCAGAGAUAUUCUGCUCAAUAACAGCAGUGUAAUAUAAGUACAGCAGGGCUAGUUCUUGCUCUGGUGUUUAGGUCUGCCUGCAAAGAUCACUGUCCUGGUGCUCAAUUCUACUAGAAACAGCUUGAAACAUUAGUUGUCUGUCAGGGGAAAUUAAUGUGAGAGAUAUUUCAGUGAGUGCUUAGUGGCUUGCCAUGAAUUAACCGAGGACACCCAUCACUGGCAGCGAGCGCCCUGGUGCAGCGCAGCUGUACUUCACUAGCACAAUAAAGAGCGUAGGCAGCACCUAUUGCAUGUGUGACAUCCCACGCUGACAGGGAGACAAGAGCUCAGCACAUUACCAUCUUUAAAUAAUUAUCCAUCUUUAUCCUUCAGCUGUGAUUUCUUGACAUUAAUAAAUUGAUAAAAAGCUG